AUCACCUCAAAAGUGACAUUUUGAUAUAUUUAUCUCAACACCACAAUGCAUUCAUCUUCGAGUCUUGUGUUGGCUGUGGCAUUGCUGGGCAGUGCAACAACCAUUCAUGCUCAUUUAGGAGAUGAGAAUAUUCCUCCUGCAGAGAUUGCAAAUGAAGCACCUCAUAGGCCAGGACAGGAAUCUUACAUUCAAAGACACAUGGCCUCUGAGCAUCAUAUCGGAGCAUUUGAUUUGGGAAGCUUCUUCGCUUUGCACGAUUUGAACAGAGACGGUGUCUUGGAUCGAUCAGAGAUUGAGGCAAUCUAUGGUGUUCAUCACAGCACAUCUGUAAAGCAUUCACAAAAAUAUGAAGUUCACGACGAAAAGGCAAACAAGAUUGUAAAGGAAGUUUUGCGUAGAUUGGACCAAGAUAACGACGGACAGAUCACAUUGCGUGAAUUCGAAAGCGCCGGAGCCGAUGGCUUGCCUACUUUUGAGGAGUUCGGUCACAACGUCUUGGGUCAUCAUUACGAUGAAGAAUCUGAGUAUUUCGUCCACCACGAACAAGUAUAUCACAAUACACCCGAAUCACAAAAAGAAGAAGCAUAUACCCACAAAGAAGAUAUCGAACAUUUUGCACAUCACGAUAAGAUUGAAGCAGAGGAAGAACGUCGUGAGAGAGCGGCAGAAGGAAUGCCCUCAGCAGAAGAAGAUGCACGCAGAAAGGCAGAAGCUGCAAAGAAAGGCGAGAAAUACGUCUCCCCUUACGAAGCUCAAGUGCCCAAGGAGGAUAGCCCAGUCGCACCUCAACAUGCAUACGACUCUCACGUCGACCACGGUUAUGGACGUAAGGAAGGAUGGCGUGCAACCGAGCAUGUGUUCAAAACGCCAGAAGGUGAACAUGUUGUCAAAAGUGACGCCGUGGCUGCUGAGAAGCCUAAGCAUGGUGAAUUGAAGGCUGCCGGAGCAAGUGCUGCUGGCGAGCUAGACCAUGACAUACCAAGACGGGUGCCCGGAGAGACCGAUGAAGGAUACAAAGACCGUUUGACCGCCCAUGCCCAGGCCAAGGCAGCCGCUGCCGAAUACGCUAAAGCCAACCCCAAUUUGUCAAAGAGUUCAGGAUUUGAUGAGAAGACUGGAAAGGUGAUCCAGGCUCCAGGCGAGAGCACAGAAGACUAUCUGGUACGCAAAGCUCGUUAUCAAUUCGCCAACACAGCUGCCAGACCUGCAUACGAGCCAGCAAAGAAAGAACAAUUACGUAAAUCUGCCCCAUACAAGGUGAGUAAUCUGUUUACCUCAUUUCUCAAUCUGACCCAUAUCCCGCAAGGGUAUAUUAGCGAGGAUUGUAUCAAACAAUCUCGCCCAUUGUUGCUUCUUUGUGUUUUGUCACACAAGCUGCAUCCCCAUCCGUCUCCUUGUCAUGCUUACCAUCUUUUUCUCCUCCUCAUCUUCUUUCUAAAUCUCUUUUCUACUCAUGCUAAAUUGCUUGAUGGUUUUUCUAACGUUUACAGUACCCUCCUAUCCAGAAUCGUCUGAAGAAGUCGAGUUUCUAUGGAGAAUUCUGAUUAAUUGUUUGCUUAAUGCUUUGAUUUGUUAAUCUUAUGUCUUGAAAGUACACAUAUCUACCUAUUCGAAUAUC